CACGUGUCGCCAUAAUUGUUCACGUCGAGAACCAUACAAAUCAGUAAUUAAACACGGUACGUAGGUGCAUUUGCAAUUAACACACACACAAAAAAUUAAGGAGAAAAAUGUCGAGUGAGGAAUUCAGACUUGUGUCGCCGACGAUAGACAACGAAGGGAAGCUGCCGAGAAAAUAUACAAAGGGAGGUCAAGGUGUGAAGAAGAAUAUCUCUCCUCCUCUUGAAUGGUACAACGUUCCCCAAGGUACCAAGUCGCUGGCCUUGGUGGUUGAGGACAUAGAUGCUCCUGAUCCUAGUGGACCUCUCGUGCCGUGGACUGUGUGGGUGGUUGUCGACAUUCCGCCGGACAUGAAAGGUCUGCCGGAAGGAUUUUCUGGCAACGAUGAGCAGGUUGCUGGUAUUCGAGAAGGGAAUAACGAUCACAAGAUCCCGGGAUGGCGUGGGCCUCUCAUGCCUAGUCACGGUCAUCGUUUCCAGUUCAAGCUCUUUGCUCUCAACGAUAAACCCAAUCUUGGGCACACGGUGACAAAAGAGAGAUUGCUGGAUGCUGUUGAUGGGAUUGUGCUCGGAGAGGCGGUUUUCACAUGUUUUGCUUGAAUACAUUCGAAGUCUCGAUGUACUUGUGUGUUGUGUUGCGACUUCCUAAUGACUCGAAUGUACACUUUGACGAAUAAAUAUAAACAACCGAAGUGUUGAGAAGAAAUCAGGGCUAUUUGUUCAACUGGGUAGAGCAGUGAGAAAAAAAUAUAAAAAAGUUAGUAUCGGUUAGAUAGACGGCUAAACAAAGUUAUGUCAAAAAAAUGGUAAAAUGAAAUAAAUGCUAAA